CUUCACGAUUCUCUGUCUUGUUAUGGUGCGGGACACCCUCUCCUUCCUGACUGGAGACUUUCUCCGUUUAAAUCUGAACUAAACUGUAAAUCACGAGGAACUGAUCACAGUUAACUGGGGCGGAGAUGGAAAUAUCGAUGGAGGCAGAGGAUGGAGAGCGCAGAUGGGAACACUGGAAGCUCCUGUAUAAUCUAAAGACGACGGUUGAAGGGCUGCUGUCGACCAACAAUCCUAACGUAUGGUCUCGCUAUGGGGGUCUUCAGCGCCUGCACAAGGACAUGAAUAAUAUAUUGGGCCAUGGCUUAAAACAUGAACAGGUUUACUAUAAACAAAAAGACUACUGGCGUUUUGUGUGGUGUGUGCGGUAUCUUUGUCCUCAUUUAGCCCGUAAUGUUGAACAGUUCAGUCAGUUAGAGCCGGUGAUGAGUAGUGGUGUGCAGAGCUUUGGAGAGGGUUAUAAAGCCGAACGCUGGCUUCUACACAGCCUCCAAGCUCACAUCUUAUCUGCUCAGCUCAAGCCACUGCUGCAACACAAGGCGAACACACAGAAAUUUUACAACGAUGGAGCCUUCCUGUUGAGUGAGCCGCAUGUAUCUGCUAUGUUCCAGUGUCUUGAGGCGGUAGAGCAGAACAACCCUCGACUGCUGGCGCUCAUCGACACCGUCAGGCUCUCACACCUGAAAGAGUCUCCUCCCAUGGGUUUGCUAAAGAGCCAGAGUCUGGUUUUGCUCCCCGGGGCCGCAGGAAGCUGGAAGACUCCAGACAGCUCACAGUCCCGUAAAUUCACCACCUCCCAGAGCUGCCUUACAGAGAUUCCCAACACCCCACACUCCAGCAACAGCUCAGAUGUCACUCCGUCCAGCAGUGCUCAGGGUGCACCAUGGAUGUGCGGUGGAAGAAAUCAGAGCCCUCCAAACACAGCAAUCCCCCAGAUCUCCUUCACAGAACCCGCCUCACCCGCUUCAGCUGAGAUCCGGGAUUGUACAGAUGCCGAUCUCGAUGAUGGGCCAGAAUAUCUGGCUAUCGGUAAUCUGGGGAAGCACAAACGACAGGACUCGUCCGGCUCAAAGCAGAGCAAUGAACUCACAGGCACUCAGGGGGCCACCCACACAGCUUUGGCUCCGCCCCAACCGCGCAGCUCCUCAUUCUCAGAAGCUCAGAGGAGUAAAGGGCAGAGCACCAGGGGCCACAUCCGCUCUCUCUCUGACACGGGCAUCACUCAGAAACAGAAGCAUGAAUCGGUUGCGGAUACACCGUGUUUGAAGAACUGUGGUCCAUUCUCACCACAGAGCAGUGACAGCAGCACCCACAGUUCACUUUAUAUGGAGUCUAAUGGCUCCCAGUACAACAGCGUGCCAGACGGAUUGUUCCGCAGACCGUCUGAGGGUCAGAGUCUGAUCAGCUACCUCUCAGAGCAGGACUUUGGCAGCUGUGCUGAUCUGGAAAAGGAAAAUGCCCACUUCAGCAUCUCAGAGUCACUGAUUGCAGCCAUUGAGCUGAUGAAGUGUAACAUGCGUAGGCCGUUAGAGGAAGCAGAGGAAGAUGGCGAUAGCGACUCUGAAAUCCAGCAGCUCAAACAGAAAAUCCGUCUGCGCAGACAGCAGAUACGGCGCAGCCGACUGCGGCCUUCUGGGACCUCUUGUGGGGUCUCAUCCAUUGACAGUGGUGGCUCGCGGAGAAGCUCUCAAGAUUCAUUCCAUGCCUCUGACUCCGGCUCAGAUAGAGAAGUGGAAGAUAUUGAGCUCAGAGAUGACAGUGAUGGCCAGUCCCUGCUGGCGGUGUCUCAGAACGGCCUGUCUCUGUCGCUAGCAUCCCUUUUUUCAGAUGCAGAUAUCAAACGCAGUGUAACAUCUAACAGUAGAUCCUUCCUCAGCUCAGAGUCCAUCUCUCCAUCCAUGCUACAGUCCAACUCGGCAGAAUCUGUGGCCAUGGGUCUCCUCAGACAGUUUGAGGGCAUGCAGCUGCCCGCCGCCUCAGAACUGGACUGGCUGGUUCCAGAACAUGAUGCUCCUCAAAAGCUUCUACCAAUACCAGAUUCUCUUCCUAUAUCACCUGAUGAUGGCGAACAUGCAGACAUUUACAAACUACGCAUCCGAGUUCGGGGAAAUUUGGAGUGGGCUCCUCCAAGACCCCAGAUCAUCUUCAAUAUUCACCCUCCUCCAAAGAGGAAAGUUGUGGUGGCUAAGCAGAACUACCGCUGUGCUGGAUGCGGCAUUCGUAUUGAUCCAGACUACAUAAAGAGGCUGCGGUACUGUGAGUAUCUAGGCCGGUACUUCUGCCAGUGUUGUCAUGAGAAUUCACAGGCCGUUGUGCCAGGAAAGAUCCUCAGGAAGUGGGACUUCAGUAAAAGCUAUGUCAGCAACUUUGCCCGAGACUUGCUGGCCAAGAUCGCAGGAGAUCCUCUCUUCAACCCAAACGACAUCAACAGCAGCCUUUACAAGAAGGUCAAAGCUCUGGAUACAGUGCGAGCAUUGAGGGAACAGCUAAACCACAUGAAGAACCUCUUAAAAACGUGCCGUUUGGCUAAAGAGGUUUUAGAUCAGUUUGACACACUUCCUGGACAUCUGACUGAAGAUCUGCACCUCUUCUCUCUCAAUGACCUCACUGCUGUACGCAGUGGCAGUCUGGUACCAAAACUGCGAGAUCUGUUCCGUCUCGGCUCCAGUCACAUCUCCGACUGUGUGCUCUGCCAGGCCAAGGGCUUCAUAUGUGAGUUCUGUGGGAAUGACAAAGACAUUUUCUUCCCCUACGAGCUGAACAAAUGCCUACGGUGUGAAGAUUGUCAUGCGUGCUAUCAUAAGACUUGCUUUAAGAGUGGGAGGGAGUGUCCUCGUUGUCUGAGACUGGCCAAGAGGAGGGAGCGGAUGGCUCGCAAGAACAUGGAAGAGCAGGAGGACAGAAAAGAGGAGGAGGCAAGUGGCGCAUAGAAAUAACCCCAUAAAUGUCCAACAGAAUAGUGAAUGUAUGACUGAUUCCCGUCCCAAAUAAGCUGCUCUAAAAGCCCUACUGUGCAGCAUAAUGACUUAACAAAAGCAAAUAAGCAUUUUAAACUGCAAAUAAUAAGCUUUUGCUUUUUAAGGAUUGCCACGUUCAAAUAUGAAAUUGUGUUUAUUUGAUGAUUUGCCAUAUUUUUUGUUGCUUCAGUUCAGUCUCCACCCAUAAAAAGCCACUUUGUUUUAAUCAGCAGGGUGGCAAGUCUUGUGUCGAGUAAACUUUAAUGUGUUUAUCAAAUCAGUCAUGUUUUUUCUAUGUAUCCGCCUCUUGUUGUUUGUAUUUAUUAGUAUUAACAUUACUGUCAUGUGCCUAUUUAAUGACUGUUUGCUUGUGACAACGAGACUUUGAGAACGGCAGCUGAACUCAACAGCUGGUCUUGCACAAACAAAGUUUGUUUCUCGAGAGGUUUCUCGAAGUGCCAGGCCCAAAUUAUUAUUUUGAAAAGCUACAAGACAAUUUGCCUCAUUUAUGAAAAACGAGCAGAAUGAAUUUGUGUAAGUCGUUUGUAAAACAAUUCUUGUGUAAUUGAAUGCAACAAUAAAACAAAAGCAAAACAAAUGUAGUUAAAUUAUUCGUAAGACCAUUUAAUUUAAUUCUGCUUGUUAAUAAAACCGUUCUCCCAUUAACUUAUGAACGAUUUAGACAAAGAUUCACUCUGCUCGUUUAUAAAUCAGCUCUUGGGUAAAUUUUGAUUUUACAAAUCAUUUACACAGAAAUUCUUUGUGCAUGCAAAACCAUUCUUACGUAAAUUGUUUUGUUUUUAUGAACAGUUUAUGCAGAAAUUCAUUCUGCUUGUUUGUAAAACCAUUCUUAUGUAAAUUGUUUUGGUUUUAUGAACAGUUUACGCAGAAAUUCAUUCUGCUUGUUUGUAAAACCAUUGUUGCGUAAAUUGUCAUAUUGAAUCUGACAAUUAUCUUCGUUUGUGAAAAGGAAGCAAAACAAAUUUAGGUAGAUUAUUCGUAACACCAUUGCAUUACACACAAAUUUGUUCCUGCUCCUUCAUAAAACCAUUUCGAUUGUUUUGGUUUUAUAAAUUAUUUAUACAGGAAUUUGUUCUGCUCAUUAAUAAAACCAUUCUUGCGCUAAUUUGUUUUUUACAAAUGACUUGGACAAAGAUUUGUUCUGCUCAUUUAUAAAACAGUUCUUGUGUAAAUAGUCCCUUGAAUGACUUUUUGAAGGAUUUAAACAGAAAUUUGUGCUCGUAUUUCACGAAGGAGGUAAGAAUGUAAGAAUGCGUUAACGAACAAUUUCCACAGAAAUAUAUUUCCUGUUCUAGUAAACAAUUUUGCAUUAACUGUUUUUACGAACUAUUUACAUAAAAAUGUUUUCUGCUUGUUCGUAAAACCAUUACUGCGUAUAUUGUAGUUUUGAAUUGAAUUUAACAAUUUGCGUAAGAAUAGUUUUAUGAAAGCUUUAUUUAGAAGUGUGUGCUUGUGUUUCACUAAUGAGGUACAAUUUAUUUAAGAAUGCUUUAACAUUUAUACUGAAAUUCAUUCAGCUUGCUCGUAAAACCAUUCUUACGUAAAUGUUUUGGUUUUAUGAAGUUUACAUAGAAAUUCGUUCUGCUUGAUUGUAAAAUCAUUAUUGCAUAAAUUGUCGCUUUGAAUUGAAUACAUUUACGUACCGUAAAAAUAGUUUUAUGAAGGAUUUACACUGAAAUUUGUUCUCGUUAAUGCUUUAACGAACAAUUUAUACAGAAAUUUGUGUAAAUAAUGCUUUAACGAACCAUUUAUGCAGAAAUUUGCUUGUGUUUCACAAAUAAGGCCCAAUUUGAGGUCUUAUAAUAUUUUGCACCUACAAAAAAAGGCACUUUGUUUGUAUAUUUUCCUGAUCUUUUGUUAUACAAACUGUCUUUUAUUUAAUUUGCACUAGUUUCAUGAUGUUUGUGUGGUCGAGAAUUGUAUCAAUGUCUGAUUGAACUGGAAACAUUCCAGCAUCUCACAUUGAGUCCAAAAUCUCAAAUGAUCUUUGAACAGCGGCCUUAAUGCGCAUAUCUGACCAAUGAAGGUACGUGUGUUAAAAGACAAUUGUACCAAAGUGUUAUUUGCUUAAAAGAGUUUAUUAAGUUAUAAUGUUAUAAUGCACUACAUCAUAAUGAACAAGUUAGUUUUAGCUUUUAAUGGAUAUGUAUCACAUUGCAGGAGAAAGAUUGAACAUAAAACCCCAUUUGUCCGUUGCUGUGAGUAUAUUUGAAGCAAUAACAACCAUGUACUUUUCUGUCACAGUCAUUAAUAACUUGAAUGCACUGACCUUAAGUAUGUGAGAUUGAAUGAAUGGAAACACUUGCUUUGAUGUGGCUGCUUAUGAGAGAUAAUAUUACGUUUAUAACUCGUUUUUCCUUUAAUCCUGCUGAUGAUCUGUCUACUUGAGUGUAUUGUUGCUAAAUUACUGAAUUGCCUUUUUUAUUCAGGGGCUUUUGAUGAGAUAAAGUGCACUAUUUGAAAAAUGUACAUAACAUAAUUUCUUAUUGUUAUAAAUAUGUACCUGACAAUUAAAGAUGUUUAAAUUGU